CAUCGUAAAGACGAGAUCCAAGAAAACAACUGUUGAAGUUACCAGGCUUGUUUUGGUCAACUACCGAGGCCAACGUUUUUUGCUAACAAUGCGACGGUUAAUAAACAGUUCAAUUGUGAAGAAAUAGUAUCUAUUAGUUUCUGCAAUGGGUUCACUGAAGCUCAACAAUGGACAAGAAAGUUCUGCGACGGCGGCCACACUCGUAGAGGCCAAGCUGGUGUGCCUGGGACUAAACAACCAGAGCUACAUCUGUGAGUCGGGUCACUGCUGUGGAGAGGCACAGUGCUGCAGUUACUACUAUGAACUCUGGUGGUUUUGGCUGGUGUGGGCUUUGAUCAUCAUCCUGACGUGCUGCUGUGUGUGUCAACACUGGCGCUCCAAGCAGCGCUUCCAGCAGCAGCGUCGGCAGAACGAGAUCAACCUCAUCGCCUACAGAGAGGCUCGCAACAACUCUCAGCUCCCCCUCUAUCUCCGAUUUUUGCCAGCCUACCUGCUGCCAGCCUAUGAAGAGGUAGUUGACCGCCCAGCCACGCCUCCUCCUCCCUACACUCCUCUCCAGUCAGCACCACCACCCACAGACCCCCCUGAGGAGGCUACUUGCCCUCAUUUAGCUAUCGCUAUACCUGCUAGUGCUGAUUCAGCACCCUCUGCGACUCCAGAUGAAGUGCAGACCCACUCUCACAGUGCUUCCAGCCCAAACAAGGACUUGACGCCCGGCAGGUACCGGCGUUUCACAGGGGAUUCUGGGAUUGAAGUGUGCGAUGGCCAGGAACUAUGGGAACAGCAGGGCUUUUUAGAAAGUAAAGAGGAGACAGAGGAAGAGGGGGCAGACCAAAUGGAAGACCCAUGUGAUCGCCAGACCUCGGAACGAAGCCAAAUUAGUGAUGCAGUUCCUCACGAAAACACAAAUAGACCUUCAGCUGUGGAUACAGAGCCAUAGUCUCUGAGGUAAUCCAAAAAUAAUGGCUUUAAUGUCUGCAGAAACUUUUUUUGUUUUCCAGCAGUCACUGUUGCAAUAUUGUACCUUUGGUGCUCAGGGGUUUGGUCUGUUUGUAAAUGUCUAAGUUUGACUAACACCAGUGUAUGUGUCAGGCCUGGAGACAAAGGAAACAUGUAACCAAAUAUUUUAAUAUUUUCUAAAAUUGAAAGCUGCAUAAUGCAACUUUUAGCUUUGAGAAAUGUGUUUGUGUACCAUGACACCCUAUCAUUUUGUCAGUCAUGUAUUCAUUAUACCAUUAGGGCUAGAGCUCAAUUCUUUAAUACCUGAAAGUGUUCUUUAAAAAAUCUGAUUCUGCAUUAAAAUUGAUUUCUUUUAUACAAACAUAAACGCUUUGUUUGAGAUUUUCUAAAAUCUGACUGUUGAAGAACGCUAACAAGAUCAAGUGUGUAACUAUUGUUUCUGUCCAAACAGGAUUUUAGAUGUGCUUUCACCACUUCUCACAGAGAAAUGUAGAUUCUUGUAAAUAAACUUGACGAACAGA